UCAGUUCCAUCCGAUCGGUCGUCGCAGCAAGUUCGCGAGUUCGAGCAGCGGCGCAAACGAGAAAAAAAGUAGCGUUCCAAGACUUCGGCCCCCAGUCGCUGACGCCGAGGGCGGCGCAGAAAACUUGGUUCCUUUUUGGUUUUGAGUAAUAAAAAAAGGGCGCGCGAGUGGAGAUCCGCUAUUAACGGAUCUUGAUCCUAGACGAACUAGUUUUUAGAUUGCGCAAUUUUAACCGCGUGAAUCGCGAAAAAGCAACUGUUUUAGUGCGCGUCGCCGAGUGAAAUUCGAUAGCAAAAGGCAACGCGACGAUCGGCGGCUCUGAAAAGCCGUUUUAAAAAACAAAAAGAAAAACUGAAAACCAACUAACAUGGCGACCGCCGCCUGCGUCCGCUGCGCCCAACAAAAGCAACAGCAACAACACCAGCAACAUGGGGCGCAGGCGCAGCAGCAGCGACGCAACAGCCCGCGGAUUCUGCACAUUUACAGCGCGUGGGCGUUGAUCACUCUUUUGGCCGCCAGCGCCGCCAUGGUCCAAAGUGCAGCGGUCUUUGGUGAUCGACUGUCGCAUCCAACUUUCAAACCACUUUGCAGUGCCCAGCAUGAGCACUUCAUCGAGAGCGAAGGCAAAGAAUCUAGUCUCAUCAUCGAACUGAAGCCGGGCUCGUAUGGAGCAGAGAAUCCCUCCUGUUCCCGCAUCCUGAGUGCCCCGCCCAACUAUGGCUUCAUAGUGCGCCUCAUCCUGCCAAAGUUGCGGCACAGCCAGCCCUUGGAUGCGGCCACCUCCAGGAGUCCGCCCACAAACAUCAUGCCCGCCGUAGCCGGGAGCAGCAACUCAUCCAAACUCCGACGUACUGCCAAAUCCGGAGGAGGGAUGGAGUCCUCUGCCCCGCUAAACUCAACAAUGGGCAUCUUCCCAGCCAUGACGACUUCCCGGGCUUUGGGACGCACCUGCCCCCUGAACAUUUUCAGCUCGCUGGACCCGCACACGGCCCAGUGGCGAGUGGAUCCCUGCCAGCUGGAGGACACCGCCUCGGAGAUGGAGGACCCGGUGCGGCUCUUCCACGGACGCGUCAAGAUCGUCUGGGAACACGGCCAGCACAGCCUGCGAUCCAAACUGAUGGUCACGGUGCUGGGCAAGGGCGAGCAGUGCAAGGAUGGCAGCAAGCACCAGUGCUUGAAGAUCGGCGAUGAGCCCAUUCUGUGCAUCUCCAAGGAGCUGGCCUGUGACGGGAUCCGGCAUUGUCCUUACAGCAACGAGUACGACAGCGAUGAGGACUACGAGCUGUGCUCGAAGCAGUAUCGCCCGGGAGCUGGCCACCUGCCCGCCGGCCUGGAAUCGGAUCUCUUCGAGCAGUUCGCCCUGGAAGUGUUGCGCAAUCUGUUUGCCAACGAUGCUCCGACGGCACCAGAGGAUUUGCCACGAAAUGGGAGCGACGGAGCCGGAGGUUUGGACAACUCGACGGCAACCUCGACGACGACGUUGCGCAAAGUGCACACCAAAGAUAUGAAGAAGCCGGGGGGCGAUGGCUCGCCCAACUCCAUUGGGCCCAGUUUGGCCACGGAUGGGGAGCUGCAGAGGCCGGAAAACGAGACGGCUGAAAUGGGAGCGGGCACUGGAGCGGGAAGCGGCUUCACCCGCCGGAAUUCGACGCGAUCCGGGCUGCACUCGGACCUCUCGAAGUACGGGCCCUGGGGCUACCUGAUGCUCGGAAUGCUCCUGUGCGGCGGGGCCCUGCUCAUCUGCGGCCUCUGGGCAUCCGCAUCGCAGCAUGCGGUCAACAAUGAGCGGGAGGCGGCGCUGGCAGCUGCCAAUGGAGGAGGAAGUGGUGGCCAGGACCACCUGGGCGCCACCUCGCCGCCCAACUACGAGGAGCUGGAUCCGCCGCCGGCGUACUCGGUGCUCUUUCCCAACCAAAAGGCGGCCAGCAGUACCACCUUGAAUCUGGAUGCUGCGGCAGCUAGUACGACUACUGCAGCAGCAGCAGCAGCAGCAGCAGCGGCAGCAGCUGCAGCUGCAGCAGCAACUGCGGCAGCAACAGCUCUGGCAGGAGCAACACCCAGCGAUACCCCGCAGCAACAGCAGCAGCAGCAACAGCAACAGCAGCAGCAACAUCAGCAACAGGAACAGCCAACGAACUAGCUCGUAAGCCUGACAAGCAGGUGUAGCACCUGAAUAAAACGUAGCUCUUAAGGUCCCCAACAUCACUCUGACUGACUCUGAUGCAAUUAGCUUAAAACCAAUUUAGUGAUAGCUUUAAGUGUGACUCUAUGUUAAAUGUUUGACUAUAUUAUGCUAACGAUUUACGAUUAACCAAUCCAGCCGUCCUGUCAACGCCGCUGUCGCCUUUGGCAGUUGGCAGACCCAAUUAGCUUCCGAUAAUUGAAAAUGUAAUAAUAAUGAUGAUUGUAAAAACAAAACACUGCGACUGCAGCAGGAUUAACUGACGAAUCGACUAACUUUUGUAAUUCUGUUAAUUUAAAAUUUAAUGUGAUAUAAAUUUAAAACUGAAUAAAAAGCAAAGUGUUUAAGUA